AUGUCAACGGCAGCAGCAGCCGCAACACUUCUCGCCGCCAGCGGAUUCUUCGCCCAGCUGCCUGUCAGCGAUGGUCACGUCUACAUGAUGAACCCGGUCUCGCGCCAGCUGUGGGGCACCGAAGCCUUCCAAGAACCGGGAUCGCCGGACAUAAAUUACUGCCCACACUGUUUCCAGAGCCGUGGGCCGGCCGCGAUCCGCGCGCGUGGUGGCGACCAGCCGUGGCCCCACUUCAACGGGGAACGUGCUGAAAACGGGAACUACAUCGAGAGCGACGAGGUGGCUCAGAGGCACGGGGUCUGCGGCGACCCCGAGCAGACCGCGGCCGAAGGCUCCAACAGGUACGGGCAGGAGAACAGCAAUUACCCCGUGCUGGAGACGUACGCCGAAGGAGGCAUCCUCGAGGUCAAGAUCGUCGUGGCCACCUACCACUGGGGCCAUGUCGAGAUGUUCCUCUGCGACGCCGACGACCUCCCGGACGGCCCCGACAGCGUCGUCACGCAGUCCUGCUUCAACGAGUACCCCCUGGACCGCGCGGAAGACGACGAGUUCAACAGCCCCAUCGACCCCCUCAACAGGGGGCGCUUCAUCCUCGACCCCCCCUGUCGCGCCAGCGAAACCGACCAGGAACUCCUGCCAGGCGCCUUCGCCGGCGACGUGGCCACCGCCCGGUUCCAGCUGCCCCAGGGGGUGACUUGCGAGCGUUGCGUUGUCCAGAUGGUUUACUACACCGGCAACUCGUGCAAGCACCAAGGUUACGCCGAGUUCAACCCUCCCUCGUGGCCAAGCUCGUGCGCCCCGUCCAAGGCCGACUGGAUCAACGAGAUCGUCGGGCAGCAUUGCGGCGAUGGCGACGCUUACCCGGAGGAGUUCUGGAACUGCGCCGAUGUCUCGAUCACGUCCGACGGGGGCCCCGGGCCCGCGCCCGCCCCCACCCCGGAGACCCCCAAAGAAACCAAGGCCCCCGUGGACGAACCCACCGAGCCUUCCCCGGCGCCCGCGGCCGUCGUCGAAGAGUACGAGCCCACGUACGCCCCGACUCCGGAAGAGGAGUACGAAGAGCCGACGACGGCGCCCUUCCCUGUCUCGACCGACCCCGACUGCGAGGACCCCGUCGAUGCGUUCGCCCAGUGCGGGGGGGCGGGGUACGACGGGUCCACCUGCUGCACGGCCGGCUACGAGUGCGAGGAGAUGGCGGACUGCUACUCUGAGUGCCGCCCCCGCGGCGACGGCUGCUCCGAGAGCUGGGGGCAGUGCGGAGGGCUGCACUGGGAAGGCCCCGAGUGCUGCUGGCCCGGCGCCGAGUGCGUCGAGCUCAGCGACCAGUUCCACCAGUGUUCCCCCGAGGGAGCCGUCAACUGAUCUGAUGGAUGAGCCAUUCAACUGACGAUGAGCUAUCAACAUCAACUGACGAUGGGCCAUCGACUGUCGACAAGUCACCUGGUGAUAUAUUUUAUUGUUUUCGUGUGGGCUGGAGAGCAGGUGGGGCUGCAGUUCCACCAGUGCGUCCCCGAGGGAUCCAUCCACUGAGCAUGAUGAUAAUCUGCUGCCUUGGUUGCGUGUGUUUUUUUCCGAAAGUUUGCGCGUUGGACUUCUAUUUUUACACAUGUGAAAAUAUGAGGCCGGAUGGUGUGAUCUUACGGUCCCUUGUGGCAACUGCUGUUGUUGUUGUUGUAGAGGUGCUGUAGCCGUUUUUGUAGCCGACCUUGUUAUGACCAUAUGGUUGAGGUCGUCUACCACAUGCUUUGGUCGUCUACAUACAUACGUCACCUGUGCACGUUUUUCUUUGAGGGCGUCGUCGCCUUACGGCGAUAUCAUCAUUGUGCCGUGAGACAGACAGAAAGUUUUUUAAGUUUCUGGAGCAUAUCGUUUUUCCUACACCCACUCCACGUGGGGGAAACCCUGUUGUCAACAUUGAUUGGUUGCUGUAAGUUGGAGUUUGCCGGAGAUCCGUCGACUUUAGUGACCCCGUGGAGGUUUUGGGUUGGGUGGGUGGAUCACAUGGUGAGGGAUGCUUAUUGUGAAUGAAUGGCGUGAUUUGCUGUGGUAUUCGCGGCUGUGUGGGAUGGGGUGUGGAGAAGGGGGAGGAGGGAGGGGGUAGGUCCGAUGAGUGGACGGUGCAGGUCCGAUGAACGGACGGUGUAGGCCCGACGAGUCGGUUGAUUUGGUUCAGGAUUGCGAAGGCUCUUCAUCGCGAUGCCGUCCUACAAUAUCAAAUAUGCUGGCUGUUGGUUUUCAUGGGGCUUGUGGGUUGGGCGGUUUGGGGGGGGGGCGUGAAGUUAGCUUAGCACCGGAUGGAAGAAUAGAGUUUCACCGCCAUGUCGUCAUGUGUUUACCUGCUGUCGAUAGUUCUGGUGGCCGUAUGGGUUGGGCUGGUAGGGUUGUAGUGUGGAGGUCACGUGUUAUGAAUACACACAUGAAUGAAUGAGUCGUGUGCCCGUACACCGUUUUAUCCUCGUCGUGGUGUAAGCGUACCGUGGUAAACGUCAUAACCAUGGUAAAUGCCAGAAGCGUUGUGUGCUCGUUGUAAUGACUUCAUUUUUGGUCGUGGUGGGAGAUGCAUAGAUGCAUCUCGGUGAUGGGUUGUUGGAAGAGCUGCUGAGUAUGUAUGAACGGGGUAGACGCACUCGUGCUCCUCUUGCGAUGGUGUUGUGAUGUUGCGUAAUUUUCGGUCGAAGUUGCCGGCACGUUGCGAUACUUGAUGCCCGAUCGCGUCAUCGACUCCACACCAACCCGGCGGUGUCUUGGGGGGAAGAGGGUGAAUGCUCAUGUGCGCUUCUUGUUUCGUGUUGUUCAUUGGAACUCGAUCUCUCGUCUCUUCUCGUUGGUCGUCACUGCUGCCAUGAAAUAUGGUGAAGGUUACGGAUUUCCCGCUCGGGGGAGGAGGGCUUGGAUCGGGAAAGAAGGGUGCUCACUGCUGUACGUGCGUUAUAGAGUGGUGGUGAUGUUCGCAUACAGUUAAUUUGGAUGCUCUGCGAGGUUUUGAAGAGAAAAUGAAAGGAUUUCGUGGUUUAGCGUAGGUAAAGGCAUGCUCGUGUUGUAGAUGGUAGGGUUUACGCUCGUGUUGGUCUUUAAUCAGUGUUGCACAUGCA